AGGUCCGAGAAGGGAGGCCGAGCCCAGCUCGGACCCCGACCCAGGGUGCCGCCUCCUGAGUGCCGCGGCCGGCGACGCUACGAGCCAGGUACGGCCUGACGUGGCGUGUGCGGGCCGUGCGGGGUCUGGGUUGCCAGGCCCACCUGCCGCCUCCACUCCAGUGAUCACAUCCGAGGACCAUCCUGCCCCGAUGUGUCCCUGCCCGUCAACCCCGGGCCAGUGAAGCAGAACCGGCAGGAUCCCAGAGACCCCGGGACCUGCAGCCCAGGUGAAAAUGAGUUCUUCCAUAAGAAGAAAAGGCAAGCCAGGCAAAGGGGAUGGAAAGGGAUCUUCUAGAGGAGGAAGAGGAGGCAGGGGUCACGCGAAUAAAUCUCACGGGGGCGGCUGUGGCGGUGGUGGUGGCGGCGGUGGCGGCGGUAGAAAGGCCUCAAGCAGGAUUUGGGAUGAUGGUGAUGACUUCUGUGUCUUCACUGAAUCAAAGCACCCACCCAGGCCCAAUGACAAUAACAAAAGCAAAGCAGAGCCGCGGCCUAAGUGGAAGCCCAGAGCCAAAGUGCCUCUCCAGACACUGCACAUGACGUCAGAGAAUCAGGAGAAGGUGAAAGCCCUUCUGAGAGACCUGCAGGAACAGGAUGUGGACGUGGGAUCUGAAAAAGAGAUCUCUGGGGAGGAGGAAGAGGAGGAGGAGGAAGAGGAGGAGCCAGAAUGUGAUGACGAGCAGUGUUGGCCGGCUGGACAAGAGCCUGCCUUUAUUCCUGACCCCAUUGCUUGGGAAUAUAUUGGCCCAGAAGAAGUAGAGUCUCCUGUUCCAGAACUUACAGUCUCACCGUUUGCAGUGCAAAAACUUUCCAGGUAUGGUUUCAACACUGAACACUGUCAUUUGGCCCUGAGGGUUUGUGAUGGAGAUCUGGGGGCAGCGCUAGAGCAUCUGCUGGACCAGUGUUUUUCGGAGAAAUUUGGAGAGAGGAUGAGACUGUCCGAGGCAGCUACUCGUAUAAGCUUGCAUGAGUGUGUGGAGCAGAGACAGGAGGAGGCGCUCGCUCUCAGGUCAAUCUGUGGAGAAAAGUUUAUAGAAAGAAUUCAGCACAGAGUCUGGACCAUUGGACUGGAACUAGAGUACUUGACAAAUAAAUUCUGUAAGUCCAAGCAGAAGGGAGGUGCCAACAGUGUGCGGGACACUUCACCUGAGACCUGUAGAUUUUACCUUAAAGGAAACUGUAAAUUUGGAUCAAAAUGCAAAUUCAAACAUGAAGUGCCCCCAAAUCAAAUCAUUGGGAGAGCAGAGAGAAUCGUAGAUGAUUCUCAUCUUAACGCUGACGACGAUACAGCUUUUCUCUAUGAGCUUGAGAUUCGCUUUUCUGAAGACCACAAGUAUCCCUCCCAAGCUCCCCUUGUGGCAUUCUAUUCCACCAAUGAGAACCUACCUCUGGCUUGUCGUUUACAUAUUUCUGAGUUCCUUUAUGGCAAGGCCUUGGAGUUCGCAAAGACCUCAGAACCUGCUGUGUAUUCUCUGAUGACCCUCUUAGAAGAAGAAUCUGAGAUUGUCAAGUUACUGACAAACACUCGUCACAAGUACAGCGAUCCUCCUGUGAACUCCUCUCUGGACCCUUCUGAGACCAAGCCAGUUAAGCCUGCCUACCGCAGACCAGUGGUUCCAAGCCCUUUUCUUUCCAAUCAAGUUCCAGAAGCGGAAAGAUUAUCAGAACUGGAGGAGGAUGCAGAUGAGGGUGAAAGUCCUACACCAAUAGUGGAGAAUGAAAGCUAUGUGAACCUUAAGAAAAAGAGUUACAAAAAAUAUGAGUGGCCUGCAAAGUCAGUAUAUGCUGAAAACAGUAGGAUCUGCAAGCAGUUCCGGCUGAAACAGAUGUCCAGACAGUUCUACUCAAUUCUGCAAGAGAGACGAACACUGCCUGCUUGGGAAGAAAGAGAAACAAUUCUUAAACUGUUGAGCAAGCACCAAGUGGUUGUCAUAAGUGGUAUGACUGGAUGUGGAAAAACCACACAGAUUCCACAGUUUAUUCUGGAUAAUUCUCUGCACGGGCCACCUGAAAGGGUGGCGAACAUCAUCUGUACCCAGCCCCGACGAAUCUCUGCAGUCUCUGUUGCUGAGCGCGUUGCUAAGGAAAGAGCAGAAAGGGUGGGUCUGACUGUGGGAUACCAGAUCCGGCUGGAAAGUGUCAAGUCCUCGGCCACCAGGCUGCUAUACUGCACCACAGGCGUGCUGCUGAGGAGGCUGGAAGGAGACGCCACCUUGCAAGGAGUCACCCACAUCAUUGUCGACGAAGUGCAUGAGAGGACAGAAGAAAGUGACUUCCUACUGCUAGUUUUGAAGGACAUUGUGUCGCAGAGACCAACCCUCCAGGUCAUUCUCAUGAGUGCAACUCUGGAUGCUGGGCUCUUCUCAAAGUAUUUCAGCUAUUGCCCAGUUAUCACUAUUCCAGGUCGUGCAUUUCCUGUUGAUCAGUUUUUUCUGGAGGAUGCAAUUGCCAUGACAAGAUAUGUAUUACAGGAUGGGAGCCCAUAUAUGCGCUCCAUGAAACAGAUCGCAAAGGAAAAGCUUAAAGCCAGGCACAACAGAACUGCGUUCGAAGAAGUGGAGGAAGACCUGAGGCUGUCGCUUCACCUUCAGGAUGAGGACUCCGUCAAAGACACAAUACCAGAUCAACAGUUAGAUUUUAAGCAGCUCUUGGUCCGCUAUAAAGGGGUGAGCAAGUCAGUCAUCAAGACGAUGUCUGUCAUGGACUUUGAAAGAGUCAACUUUGACUUAAUAGAGGCCUUGCUGGAGUGGAUUGUGGACGGCAAGCACUCCUACCCUCCAGGUGCUAUACUUGUGUUUUUACCGGGGCUGGCAGAAAUCAAGAUGCUUUAUGAGCAGCUGCAGUCUAACGCGCUCUUCAACAACAGACGCAGUCAUCGGUGUGUUAUCCAUCCACUGCACUCGUCGUUAUCCAGUGAAGAGCAGCAGGCGGUGUUUGUAAAGCCUCCCACGGGCGUAACUAAGAUUAUAAUUUCCACCAACAUUGCCGAGUCGUCCAUAACCAUUGACGAUGUUGUUUAUGUCAUCGAUUCUGGGAAGAUGAAGGAAAAGAGAUACGAUGCCGGCAAAGGGAUGGAAAGUCUAGAGGACACAUUUGUGUCCCAGGCCAAUGCUCUGCAGAGAAAAGGUCGAGCUGGCCGUGUUGCAUCUGGAGUCUGCUUCCAUUUGUUCACAAGCCACCACUACAGCCAUCAGCUUUUAAAGCAGCAGCUACCAGAAAUACAAAGAGUGCCAUUGGAACAGCUGUGCCUAAGAAUUAAAAUUUUGGAAAUGUUCAGCUCUCAUAAUCUCCAGUCUGUGUUCGCGCGGCUCAUUGAACCUCCCCAUAUUGACUCCCUUCGUGCCUCAAAAGUGCGGUUACGGGACUUGGGAGCCCUAACUCCAGAUGAGAAGCUGACCCCUCUGGGCUAUCACUUGGCCUCUCUGCCAGUGGACGUGAGGAUCGGCAAACUGAUGCUGUUUGGGUCUAUCUUCCGCUGUCUGGACCCGGCUCUCACCAUUGCUGCAAGCUUGGCCUUUAAGUCCCCUUUUGUGUCUCCCUGGGAUAAAAAAGAAGAGGCUAACCAGAAAAAGCUGGAAUUUGCAUUUGCAAACAGUGACUAUCUGGCCCUUCUCUGUGCAUAUAAGGGUUGGCAGCUGAGUACAAAAGAAAGCGCGAGAGCGGGCUAUAAUUACUGCAGACAGAACUUCCUGUCAGGAAGAACUCUGCAGGAAAUGGCCAGCCUCAAACGGCAGUUCACGGAGCUCUUGUCCGACAUAGGCUUUGUGAAAGAGGGACUCAGAGCAAGGGAAAUUGAGAAAAGGGCCCAAGGAGGAGAUGGCGUCCUGGACGCCACAGGAGAAGAGGCCAACACGAAUGCUGAGAACCCCAAGCUGAUAUCUGCGGUGCUGUGUGCUGCUCUCUAUCCAAAUGUAGUGCAGGUCAAGACCCCAGAAGGAAAGUUCCAGAAGACCAGUACUGGAGUUGUCAGACUGCAGCCGAAGUCAGCUGAGUUGAAGUUUGUCACGAAGAACGACGGAUACGUGCAUAUUCACCCUUCCUCGGUGAACUAUCAGGUCAGACACUUCGACAGCCCCUACCUGUUGUACCAUGAGAAAAUCAAAACUAGCCGAGUGUUCAUCCGAGACUGCAGCAUGGUGUCUGUGUACCCCCUGGUCUUGUUUGGAGGAGGCCAAGUGAACGUGCAGCUUCAGAGGGGAGCGUUCGUGGUCUCCCUGGAUGAUGGGUGGAUCCGGUUUGUAGCUGCUUCCCAUCAGAUAGCUGAACUGGUAAAGGAACUUCGCUGUGAACUUGACCAGCUCCUCCAGGAUAAAAUUAAAAACCCAAGCACGGACCUGUGUACGUGUCCUCGAGGUUCUCGGAUCAUCAGCAUGAUCGUGAAGCUUGUCACCACACAGUAACCCCGAGCGCGGGCGCCUGCUUGUCACCACCCCUGCUCCCCUGCGAGUCACAGCAGCACCUCUACCUCCGACUGAAGCCCUGGGGAGCUGGGGACACGCGGCCUGAGUGCCGAGCCAGCCAGGCUCCACACCGUGUUUCUGAAGGCGUGGGACACUCCCGGCACAAUUUGGAGUGUCAGUGGUAGAACAGUCUAAACCCAGCCUGCCUCUUUGUGACUGCACCAGACUGAAUGAGAUUCACCUCAUAACUCAAAAAUGAGUGUUUAAUACAAGUUUCCGUCUUACUCUGUAUUCUUCUCCUACUUUUUAUUAUGCUUUGUCUAUACAUGAUUGAUAAUCCUUUUCUCCUGUUUUUUAUUGGGCAUGAGAAAUGUUUGGUUUGGUUUUCCCCCAUGAUAAUAAAGGCUUAAUGGAGAGAGCUCGAAUGAGAGAGAAAAUCAUGUGCGUCAGGAAAAUAAAGACUUCAUUCUAGACUUG